AUGUCGCCUUUGUGGCGACGGGAUCGUCAACAGAAUGUGCAAGAGAAUGGAGCGACGGUAACGACGAUCGGAACAAAAGAUGAAAAACAGUUCCAUGUUCAACAACAGCGGUCGACGUCAGAGAACAGCGAGCUCGGAUCCAAUGAGCCUGAUUAUCUGCAACAGCCCAAGGUUGGAGAAUUACCGCCUGGAGAAGCAGAAGCUGGAGGAAUGGGAAGACAUUUGGGAUUGUUCUCUACGACGUUUCUGAUAAUCGGUCGUAUCAUUGGCACCGGCAUCUUCUCCACUCCCUCAAGCAUCACCAAAGGCGUCGGAUCCGUCGGAGCAGCCAUGAUGCUCUGGCUUCUGGGCCUAGGCAUCGCUUUCGCAGGACUCUUCAUCUGGUUGGAACUAGGCUGCAUGAUCCCUCGAUCUGGAGGAGAGAAAGUCUAUCUGGAAGCAGCAUAUCGACGACCAAAGUUAUUCGCCACAACAGUCUUCGCAUUCCAGAUUGUGCUGUUGGGAUUCACCGCUAGCGGAUGUGUGGUUGCAGUCGAAUACAUCUACAAAGCCGCCGACAAACUCGCAUCCGAAUGGGAAAAACGCGGCGUAGCAAUCCUCAUCAUCACCUUCAUCUGCAGCCUCCACGCCUUCAUCCCCAACUUCGGCCUCCGCUUCAUGAACGCCAUCGGAAUCAUAAAAGUCCUCGUCCUCCUCUUCAUCGUCAUCACCGGCUUCGUAGUCCUAGCCGGAGGCUCCCACAUCCCAAACCCCCGAGCCAGUUUCCAAAACUCUUUCGCUGGAACUUCCUCCUCGGGAUACCAAUGGUCCAACUCCCUCUUCAAAGUCCUAAACAGUUUCGCCGGCUACACCAACGCCGCCUACGUCCUCAACGAAGUCCGCAACCCCGUCCGAACCCUCAAAAUCGCCGGUCCACUCGGUCUAGGAAUCUGCGGAACAUUCUACGUCCUCGCCAAUGUAGCCUAUUUCUCCGCCGCUACACCCUCCGAAGUCGCGAAAUCGGGUACAACAGUCGCAGCACUUUUCAUGGAUAAAGUCUUUGGGCAUCAAGGCCAACAGGCGAUUUCCGUCUUAAUCGCUUUAUCGGCAUUCGGAAACGUCAUGACUGUCACCUUCGCGCAAGCACGCGUGAAUCAGGAAUUAGCGAAAGAGGGUGUUUUACCUUGGCCGAAAUUCUGGGCGAGUAAUUGGCCUUUUGGAUCACCUUCUGCUGGACUGUUUCUCCAUUGGAUUCCCAGCUUCAUCGUCAUCGUUGCGAUUCCUUUCGGAGACGCGUAUAAUUUCAUCUUGGAUUUGGAAGGGUAUCCUGGCUCAGUCAUAAAUUUCUUCGUUGUGGUGGGAUUUUUUUGGUUGAGGUAUAAGGAUCCUGAGAGUUUGAGACCCUUUCGAUGUUGGUGGCCUGUUGCGGCGUUUUAUAUGGCGGCGCAGAUUUUUCAAAUGGUGGCGCCGUUUUUGAGACCGCCUGGGGGAAAGGGGGAUACGAGUUUGCCGUAUUGGCUUUCGAGUGUGGUGGGGAUUGCGGUUUUGGUUACGGGUGCGGUGUGGUGGGUUACGUGGAGGAAGAUUUUGCCUGCUGUGGGGGGUUAUGAGUUGGUUCCAGAGAGGGAGAGGUUGGAUGAUGGGACGAGUGUGGUGGUUUAUAAGAAGGUAAAGCGAGGUUGA